AUGCAGGGCUUCAAUAUGGGACGUUAUGUCCCACCGGACCAAGAAGGCCUUAUAUCUGCGAACAAGUUAGCAGGAAAACACCCUCUCGGCGCGCGCGCCCGACACCUCCACACAACUGGAGCGCUAAUCGUCCGCUUCGAAAUGCCCUUCGCAGUCUGGUGCACAACAUGCAAGCCACACGAAACUAUAAUCGGACAAGGCGUACGCUUCAAUGCCGAGAAAAAGAAAAUCGGCAACUACUACUCUACGCCCAUAUACAGUUUCCGCAUGAAGCACACGGUAUGCGGGGGGUGGAUUGAGAUUCGAACGGAUCCGCAAAAUACGGCGUAUGUUGUUCAUCAGGGUGGAAGGAAACGAGAUACUGGUGAUGAUAAGGAACUACAACCUGGAGAGAUAUCUCUACGGAUGCCGGGGCUAGACCCAGAUCCUGCGGAGAAGGACCCAUUCGCGAAAAUCGAAGGCAAAGCGGAGGAUAAAAAGCGGGCGAGUACGGAGGCUGGUCGGAUUAUGGAAUUACAGGAUAGACAGUCUCGGGACUGGGAUGAUCCAUAUGCGCAAUCUCAGAGAUUGAGGAAUACGUUUCGGGUUAAGAGGAAAGGGUUAGAGAGCCUUGAAGCGAAUCGGGAAGCUUUGAAGGAUAAGAUGAGCUUGGGUAUUGAGCUUGUUGAUGAGAUAGAGGAGGAUCGACAACGGGCUGGACUGGUGGAUUUUGGUGGAGAUCGGUCUGCUCUUGAGGCUGAGGCUGUGCGAAUCACCCGCACUCGACCUAUGUUUGAGCAAGCUGGUAAGAAGUCGUCUGAUUCUCAGAAGCGUGAUAAACAUUCACGGAAGACUCGGCGGGAUGAUGAGGCGGAUCGAAUUUCAAAACGCAAGGCUUCCUUACGGCAUGAGCUAACUGGCAAUACGCGUGCGGUUGUGGAUCCAUUCUUGAAUGAUGUUGGUGAAAAUCAAGAUAUUUGGAAGCUGGGUGUGAAACGGAAGAGACCUGCCUCGCCAGCCAUAAAAAGCGAUGCAGAAGCAGAUGCCGAUGCCACUGACUCCUCCACUGAGAAGACUUCUAAGUCUAGUCCAGUGGAGGACUGUUCAGAGAAGAAAUACAACGGACCGCCAGCUGGACCAACCCCAGCACUGGUGAGCUAUGCAUCUGAUUCAGACUAA